CGCCUCUUCCUCGACUCGGCGUCCCUCGCGGACUGGCAGGAGCUCCUGCCGACGGGCCUCUUCUACGGCGUGACGACGAACCCGACGAUCCUCGCGCGCGACGGCGUGAGCUGCGACGUGAAAUCGGUCUCGGCGCUCGCGCGGCGCGCCGUCGAGGACUACGGCUGCCGCCAGGUCAUGUUCCAGGCCUGGGGCGGGAGCGCGGACUUGUUCGAGCGGAGCGCGCUCGAGGUGCUCGACAAGGUGAACCUGGGCGAGCACGUCAUCGUGAAGCUGCCGCUCACGAGACAGGGCGUCGUCGCCGCGCACCGACUCCGCGACGAGGCGCACCUCUGCAUGACGGCGUGCUACGCGCGCGAGCAGGCCGUCGUCGCCAACGCGCUGCGGGCCGACUACCUCGCGCCCUACCUCGGCCGCAUGUCCGACGCGGGCAUGAACGGGCUCGAGGAGUGCCUCGCGAUGCAGCGCGCGCUCGACGGGUCCCGCGCGCACACGCGCCUGCUCGUAGCCUCGCUGCGCAAGGCGCGCUCCGUCUUCGACGUCGUCGCCGCGGGCUCGGACGCGACCUUCUCCGCGGCCGUCGCGCGCGAGUUUCUCGGCUUCGAGCGCACGGAAAAGGCCGCGGCGGCCUUCGAGGCGGAC